GUGUAAAAAGAUUAUGCUACUCACGGCAUUCCAAGGCCAAAUCAGGAGGAUAUUUUUUUGAUAACUGUCUACAGUUUUUCACAGUUAAUAAUACUACACACAGCAAACUUGAAUGCGUAAAAGUGGCCUCGUUUUACCCUGAACCAAACACUACAACUUCAUUCAAGGGCUUUCAUAAAAAAUUAUCUCUCCGGUGGUGAUAUAUGCCGAUAUUGAGGCUGUUCUUGAAAACUAUAGAACAUGCCCAAAUUCGUCUUCAACGUCGUUAACAACAAUAGUGCAGAAGCAUACUGCAUGUGCCAUAUCAUUUUAUGUAGCAUAUAAAUAUAAUCCGGAUCUUAACGAAUUGUGGACAUAUGAAGGCGCUGACUGCAUACAAAAAUUCUGCAAAUCACUAAAGGAAAAAACUACGAGCUUGUUUUACAUGUACUGGCCGACCCCCAAAAACCAAACGACCUGGACAAAUAUUUUGAUUAAUUUUUUGGAAAAUACAUGGGUUCCGUUCAUAAAAAUUAGAAGACUUCCGCUUAAGGCAGCUCAAGUUUUUCACACACCUCAUUGCGUUUUGAAGCGGUUUCUCCGGAGGCUCGGAUGGCUCUACCUGAGAGAUUGCACCUAGAAUUAGAAAAAAAUUUGUUAUCAAAAUAGAACGAGACACGAAUAAAUUUCCAAUUACUUUGAACUCAGCAUCAGCUACUCUUUUGAGUUGUUGUUGUCGUCGAGGGGCCACACAGCUUUAGAAUGAAAUGGAGAUGCAAAGCUACUCUGGUCAUGGACCAACGACAACAACUCCAGCAACAGCUGAAAAGGCAACAGCAACUGCAAUUGCAGCAAUCCCAGCAGCAACAUUCGCACAGCGACAUUUCAGUUGUCGACUGGAAGAGGCGGCUCGGCCUGAGGUCUGGCAGCCUUUUAUUGACUGCGGCAGCAGCCACACCAGCGCCAACAGCAGCCUCCCACUGCCCACCAGCAACAUCCUCAUCAACGGCAGCACCAACACAUUCCAGUGUGCCCGGCAAGCAUUCGAUAAGGCGGGGCAGACGGCCUUCUAUAGAUGUGGUGGGGAGGCUCCAUUGUCCGAAAGCUGCUCGUUCAGCCUGAAGGCGCGACUGUUGCAAGUGCCACACGAGCAGUUUCGACUGGCAAUCAACGGGGAACUCAGUGAUACUCCCAGUGAUAAGAGUAGUAAUAGCUCGAGCUGCGAGGAGGGAGAGGGUGUCUUGCACUGUGAGCCGGGGCUGACCCAGGAUCUAUUUCUAUGUCACUUGCAGCAGCAUCAGCAGGAGCCCUUUCGGGAGCCGGAAAGUCUGGGAGAGCCGGAGGCCCCCUCGAACGACAGCCUACUGGAGGCCUAUCAAAUCGAGCUGGGCAGCGAACACGGCGGACUCUGGUCCUUCCUCAACCUGAGCGAGCUAAUGGAAGCCGGCAACGACAGUUCUGUCAUCGUGAACGCCACCAGCAGCAGUUUGGACAUGAUUCUGGCCAACUACACAGCCCUUAGCACAACAACAGCCUCCUUCGCAGCCGCGUCGACCGAUAUCGGAGUUACGAAGAGCUUUCUGGACUACAGACCCCACGGCUACGAUUGGCUCUUCCUGUUCGUGGUCUUCUUCAUCUUUGCGGGGGGCCUGGGCAACAUCCUCGUCUGCCUGGCUGUGGCCUUGGACCGGAAGCUUCAGAACGUCACCAACUACUUCCUGUUUUCCCUGGCUAUAGCCGAUCUCUUGGUCAGUCUGUUCGUGAUGCCCAUGGGUGCCAUACCAGCUUUCUUGGGUUAUUGGCCGCUUGGCUUUACUUGGUGCAACAUUUAUGUUACCUGUGAUGUACUGGCCUGUUCAUCCAGUAUCCUGCACAUGUGCUUUAUAAGCUUGGGACGCUAUUUCGGAAUACGGAAUCCAUUGGGCUCGAGACAUCGGUCUACGAAACGAUUGGCUGGUAUUAAGAUAGCCAUCGUUUGGGUAAUGGCCAUGAUAGUAUCCAGCUCGAUAACAGUCCUGGGUUUGGUCAACGAAAAGAACAUUAUGCCCGAGCACAACAUUUGCGUUAUAAACAAUCGCGCCUUCUUCGUUUUUGGAUCUCUGGUAGCUUUUUAUAUCCCCAUGCUAAUGAUGGUCACCACUUACGCCCUCACCAUUCCCCUCCUUCGCAAGAAAGCACGUUUUGCCGCAGAGCAUCCGGAAAGUGAACUCUUCCGCAGGCUUGGUGGUCGCUUUGCCAUAAGGCCUCAGCACAGCCAGCAACAGCUGCAGGUUCACAGCAGUCUCUCCAGCGGCAACAGCAAAUUUCUGUCAAUGAGCGACAGCAUUCGCAAUUUUAGCAAUGCUGGACGAGGGGUUGAGGAAGGAGGUGAUAACAGAAAAAGGUGUGUGGAGCCCGCCGAACGGCCUUUGAUAGAGCAGAGAACGACGAGUAGCAGAAGCGUUGGCACGGCAGGUCUCCACAAUGUGGCCAAUGGCAGUGGCGGAGCUGGAGGAAGUGGGUCUAGAAGGGCGACCCCUGCCCGCAGCAGUUUCCGGUUCUCUGGCGGCGGCAUCCUGCGGCACUCCUCCUCACCCGCCUCGAACGGCCAUUCCGCCAACAAGUCGCAUUUAAGCAGCUUCUGGAGCAAACAAGGGGGCAACCCCAACCUAAUGGACAGCCAUCCGAAUCGAAGGGCCUCUGUGCGUGUCAGCAUCUCUCAACCACAUCUGGGUUACCCCACAAAUGGAAGUGGUGCUGUUAAAGCACCAGAAGGUGGGGCCGGUGGGUAUGGCUCAUCAGCUGCGACACCGAGCUGUUCAACUCCCGGAGGCACCAGCUUGAUGAAAAUCGCCACCAUCCAGGGACCAUCUCUGAGCCAGAGUCAGGGACCUGAGGGCAAUCACUCUCUGGAGCAGUUGAGGCCCACAGUUUCGAAAUUCGACCAACGGCAGCGCCAAAAAAUUCGGAACUUUAAGUUUUCUUUAAACCGCGUUUCCACACCAACUCUAAAUUUACGUUUCCUAAACAACCGCAGCAAACGGAACAGUUUAUCGGCUAACGCCGUAGCCACGGAGCAGAAGGCAACAAAGGUGCUUGGACUGGUGUUUUUCACCUUCGUUCUGUGCUGGUCGCCUUUCUUCAUCCUAAACAUCAUCUUUGCCGCGUGCCCUGACUGCCAGGUCCCCGAGCACGUGGUGAACACCUGCCUCUGGCUGGGCUACGUUUCGUCGACGAUCAACCCCAUCAUCUACACCAUAUUUAAUAGAACGUUCCGGGCGGCCUUUAUCCGCUUGCUGAAGUGCAACUGCGAACGGUCCGGCCGCCCGCUGCGAUACCGCUCCGUGACGGAGGGUCGAGGCGCUGCGAGUCUGUGCGCCCCCUCGGCCUUGCCGCUAGCCAUAUCCUUCCAUGGGGCGCCACUGAUGACACCAUCCACGGCGAAUGCGACGACAUUAAACGAAUUCCGAGGCAGCUACACAAUCACCGAUGACGAGUGCUGAGCCGCCAGGACUCCCAUUCUUUUACGAAUUUAUAAAGACGAAAUGGCUAAAAUCAAACGGGGUCAUCUGUAGUUACUAGCUGCUAGUCACAGAGAAUGCUAGCUUCAGGGAGAUUCAUGCUAACUUAUACAAUAAAAAAUUACAAUCAAAUUGA